AUGGCAAAAGAAUCCGCUCUUGAUCUUUCUUGUGAUGAUUUUUACGUCUCAUUACUAUUCGAUGAAAUCGAAAACGAUGAGAACUUCUCAAUAUCAGAUGAGAAGUCUGCUGAAGAACUCCAGUUUCAAGAAGUAAUAAUGAAUUCAACAAUUUUUAAUCAAAACACAGAAGCAGAAGGUGGUGCACAUGAAGUAGGAGAAUCAUCGUUAAGUUUCUGUGAAAUAUGUGCAGAAAGGAAAGAAAGUGAUGAAAUGUUCACAAUACAAACAUGCAGCCACAUUUUUUGUACUGAUUGCAUUAGCAAACAUGUAGCGACUAAAAUCCAGGAAAAUAUUCAUGUUGUAACAUGUCCAGGUGUGGCUUGUAGGGAAAUUCUUGAUUUCGAAACAUGUAGUUCUAUUGUGCCAAAAGAAGUAAUUUCUAGGUGGGACGAAAUGUUAUGUGAAUCAUUAAUUCUUGCUUCACAAAAAUUCUACUGUCCUUAUAAAGAUUGUUCAGCCAUGCUUGUGAAUGAUUCGGACGAAAUCAUUAGGGAAUCGGAGUGUCCGAGUUGCUGGAGAUUGUUCUGCGCACAAUGUAAGGUGCCGUGGCAUUGUGGAGUUGAAUGUGUAGAGUUUCAACAGCUGAAUUCGGAUGAAAGAGACAGGGAAGAUCUUAUGGUGAGGGAACUUGCAAAGGCAAAAGAGUGGACUCGAUGUCCUUAUUGCAAAUUUUUCGUGGAAAAGACAGAGGGAUGUUUACAUAUGACUUGUAGAUGUGGAUCACAAUUUUGCUAUAAAUGUGGAGUGAUUUGGACAAUACACCAUGCUUGUUAA